AUGGGAGGCGAAGAGGAAAGGCCGGCACUGGAGCAGUUUGGCAUCGAUCUCACAGCUCGAGCCAGAGACGGCAAACUUGAUCCAGUCAUUGGACGAGAUGCCGAGAUCCAGCGAACAAUUCAAAUCUUGUCCCGAAGAACAAAGAACAACCCCGUCUUGAUCGGCAAUGCUGGUACAGGGAAGACUGCUAUUCUGGAAGGACUUGCGCUUCGCAUCAUCCGGGGAGACGUGCCAGAAAGCAUAACGAACAAGCGCGUCAUCAGCCUAGACCUGGGCUCACUGAUAGCCGGUGCCAAAUUCAGAGGCGACUUUGAAGAGCGGUUGAAAAAGGUCCUAGAUGAAGUUCAAAAGGCAGAGGGACGAGUGAUACUUUUCAUCGAUGAGCUGCACACGUUGCUUGGCCUGGGAAAGGCUGAAGGCUCAAUCGACGCCUCCAACCUGUUAAAACCUGCCUUGGCUCGAGGCGAGCUACAAUGCUGCGGCGCCACCACGCUCAGCGAAUAUCGACAAAUUGAAAAGGACGUAGCCCUGGCUCGUCGGUUCCAGCCCAUCAUUGUCAGCGAACCCUCGGUAGAGGAUACCAUCAGCAUCCUCCGUGGUAUCAAGGACAAAUACGAAGUCCAUCACGGCGUGCGCAUCACGGAUGGGGCCCUGGUCGCGGCUGCAACAUUAUCCAACCGGUACAUCACAGAUCGUUUCCUGCCAGACAAGGCAAUCGAUUUGAUGGACGAAGCAGCCAGUCACUUGAAGCUGCAGCAUGAGUCGAAGCCCGAAGACAUCAUGCGACUGGAUCACAAGAUCAUGACCAUCCAGAUCGAACUCGAAAGUUUACGCAAAGAAAAGGACGUCGCGAGCCAGGAACGCAGAGAAAAGCUUGAAAAGGAUUUGAAAGGCUACCAGGAUGAAAUCGCCGAGCUCAAUGCUCGUUGGGAAAAGGAACGCAACGAGAUUGAAUCCGUCAAGGUGGUCCAGGAGGAUCUCGAAAAGGCCAGAUUUGACCUGGAGCAAGCACAGCGCGAGGGCAACUUUGCUCGCGCCUCUGAGCUCCGAUUUGGCGUCAUCCCAAACCUCGAGCGGAAACUCCCAACGGACGAGGAGAGCCAAAAGACCCAGUCCGAGGACACACUGAUCCACGACUCCGUCACCUCCGACGACAUCGCCAACGUCGUAUCCCGCAUCACCGGCAUUCCCGUGUCAAAACUCACGUCAGGCCACAUCGAGAAGCUGGUCCACAUGGAAGACACGCUGCGCGAGGCCGUCAAGGGCCAAGAUGACGCCGUCAAAGCCGUCGCCGACGCAGUUCGCCUCCAGCGUGCCGGCCUCAGCGGCGAGAACAAGCCUCUCGCGUCCUUCUUCUUCCUGGGUCCCACGGGCGUCGGCAAGACGGAGCUGUGCAAGAAACUCGCCGGCUUUCUCUUCUCCACGGAAUCGGCAGUCGUCCGUUUCGACAUGUCCGAGUUCCAAGAAAAACACACCAUAUCGCGUCUCAUCGGCGCCCCCUCGGGCUACGUAGGCUACGAGGAUGCCGGCCAGCUCACCGAGGCUGUGCGUCGCAAGCCCUACGCCGUGCUGCUCUUUGACGAAUUCGAAAAAGCACACCGCGACAUCUCGGCGCUGCUCCUGCAGGUCCUCGACGAGGGGUACCUCACCGACGCGCAGGGCCACAAGGUCGAUUUCAAAAACACAAUCAUUGUGCUGACGUCCAAUCUCGGGGCCGACAUCCUCGUCGGGCAGAACCAACUCCACCCGUACAGGGAGAGUCCCGACGGAGAGAUCGACCCCUCCGUCCGCAAGGCCGUCAUGGACGUCGUGGCUCAAGCAUACCCGCCCGAAUUCCUCAACCGCAUCGACUCCUUCAUCAUCUUCAAGCGCCUCGCGCAAUCCGCCAUCAGGGAGAUUGUAGACAUUCGCCUCAAGGAGCUGCAGCAGCGUCUGGAUGACCGGCGAAUCAAGCUCGUCGUUCCGGACACGGUCAAGGACUGGCUCGCCAGCCGCGGAUACGAUCCCAAGUUUGGCGCAAGGCCGCUGAACCGGCUGAUCACCAACGAAAUCGGCAACGGGCUCGCCGAUAAGAUCAUCCGUGGCCAGCUGAAGAUGGGACAGACUGCCGAGGUGGAGAUCAAAAAGGAUGGCUCGGGCCUGCAGGUGUUUAAUACUUCCGAGACGGCAGUGUAA